AUGACAGAAUUAACUACGCAACAAGCUGUUGUCUUAGAGCAGCCUGGUAAAAUUGUCUUAACUAAUGUUAAUAUCCCCAAAAUUUCAGACCCAAACGAAGUAAUCAUUCAAAUCAAAGCCACAGGGAUAUGUGGUUCAGAUAUUCACUACUAUACGCAUGGCAGGAUUUCUCAUUUCGUGGUGAAGUCGCCAAUGGUGCUUGGACAUGAAUCCUCGGGUGUAGUGGCACUUAUAGGCGACAACGUCAAGACGCUUAAAGUGGGAGACAGAGUGGCACUAGAGCCUGGCUUCCCCAAUAGGUUCUCAUCAAAAUUAAAAGAGGGAAGGUACAACCUGGACCCUGAUUUGAAAUUCGCAGCUACACCACCCUAUGAUGGAACCUUAACAAAGUAUUAUAGGGCUCCCAAGGAUUUUGUCUACAAAAUACCUGAUCAUGUGUCUUUCGAGGAAGGGGCAUUGAUGGAACCAUUGUCGGUGGCAGUCCACGCAAACAAGCUGGCCAAAAUGAGAUUUGGCGCUCGAUGCGUCGUAUUUGGAGCUGGGCCCGUAGGUCUGUUGACUGGUAAAGUAGCCAGUAUAUUUGGGGCCACUGAUGUAGUCUUCGUGGACCUGUCCGAAACCAAACUGGAAAGGGCCAAGCAGUUUGGUGCGACACAUACGGUCAACUCAGGUGACUUGCCACCUGGUGUCAGUGUAGAAUCUGUUAUCAGAAAGGCUAUUGGUAAGAAAGAUGCCGAUGUCAUAUUUGAAUGCUCUGGUGCUCAGCCUUGCAUCAGAACAGGCAUCGAGGUUUGCAAGGCAGGUGGAACGUACGUUCAAGUUGGAAUGGGGCAAGAAGAGAUCCAGUUUCCAAUCUCAAAGAUCUCUACCAAGGAAAUAACCUUACAAGGCUCCUUCAGGUACUGUCAGGGAGACUACAGCGACUCUAUCGAGUUAGUCUCGACUGGGAAGCUCUCGCUCAAACCCCUGAUUACACAUCGCUACCAGUUUAAGGAGGCAAUUGAGGCAUUCGAUGAGAACAGGGACCACCCGCUGGACAACGUUAAGACAAUAAUCGAGGGCCCAGAAUGA